UCUCCACACCCCUCAACCCCUCAACCCUUCCCAUACUCCGCAACACCGCCCACACAUCCUCAUCCACUCACCCUAUCCACCAUGAAGGUGAAGAUGAUCUCGCGGGACGAGGUGGCGAUGACACGGGAGCGCUCGACAGAUCUCAACAAGGUCCAUCGCAACACGGCUCUGCGUGGCUUUGAGCGACAGACCGAGGUGAAGCGGGCGGUGAACGCAGCCAAGCUCAACCGAGUCUUUGCCAAGCCGUUUGUGGGCCAGCUCAGUGGUCACAUGGAUACAGUGACGUCGAUGAUGGCGUCGCCGCGGUCGCUAGAUACCUUCUUGACAGGAUCAGGCGAUGGCGAAGUCCGCGUGUGGUCGCUCUCGCGCAAGGCCACCCUGUGGUCCAUUCCCAUGGCCCACACUUCGUUUGUCACCGGGCUGGUGGUCUCGCCCAACGGUGAGACGUUCUUCACGGCGUCGGAUGAUCGGUCGAUCAAGCAGUGGCGGCUGGACAUGGGCAACAUGUGGGCCGAGGAUGUGGACACGCCGAUCGAGUCGUGGGCAUCCGAGUACGCCCUCGAGUCGCUCUCCAUGCACGCGUCACGCUACGUGCUCGCCACUGGCUCGCGGCAGGUCGACGUGUGGGACGUGGCGAGGGCUACGCCUGUCCACACCAUGGCCUUUUCAGACGACACCAUCUCGUCUGUUGCCUUCAACCAGGUCGAGACCGAGAUCAUUGCGGCGGCAUCGUCGGACCGCUCGCUCUCGUUCUACGAUAUUCGCACCGAGUCUGCUCUCCGCAAGGUCGAGCUCGGCAACCUCAUCAACGACGUGGCCUGGAACCCGCGCGAGGCGUUCAACAUCACCAUUGCGUCGGACGACCAUAACCUCUACACCUUUGACAUGCGGAAGCUCGAUCGGGCACUCAGCGUUCACAAGGACCAUGUCUCGGCCGUCAUGUCGGUCGCCUACUCGCCCACCGGCCGCUCGUUUGUCUCGGGCUCGUAUGACCGCUCCAUCCGCCUCUGGAACAUCUCCAAGGGCCACUCGCACGAGUGCUACCACACCGAGCGCAUGCAGCGCGUACUCAAGGUCGCCUACUCCUCCGACGCUCGCUACGUCCUCUCGGGUUCGGACGACACCGGCGUCCGCAUCUGGAAGUCGGACGCGUCGGCGACAACAGGCAUCCAGCACCCGCGCGCCAAGGCCCGCGCUCGCUACGAGGCUGCCCUCCUCAAGCGCUACGAGCACGUUCCGGCCGUGGCCAAGAUCCACAAGCAGCGCUUCCAGCCGCGCUCCAUCUUCAAGGCCCGCAAGCUCCGCCACGUCAUGCGCCUCGCCGAGAUCCGCCGCGAUGGCCGCCGUCGUGCUCACACCCGAAACCCUGCACCUAAGAUCGACUCCCGGACUGCCGCCGUCCGCCGUCUCCACGAUUGAACGUCCUCGUCCGCACCCC